AUGGAGGCCACCCCAGAAAAAGCUCUCCUCCUGUACCCCGCCACCCUAAUUUCCUUGGCCAAUGGGGUCCACAGGAUGCCCCUUUUACCAGAGCAAGUGGGGCAGACCAAUAGCCUUGGAAUGAGACAUUUCCUAAGGAUCAGCAUUGCCUUGUCUGGCUGCAAACCCAAAGAGUGUUCAGACUACACCUGCCAGAAGUCUCACAGCAGCAGCCAUGCUGUUGGGAGAAUCCUAGGAGUUGGAAGUUUACACCCCGAGAGGACAUUCAAGUUAGAGAAGGCAGCCUUACACCUCUGUGUAUGCCUAGCCCUAGAUGUUUCUUCCAAUGAUGCUGUACUGGAUGCAUCGUUGCUCUAUCCUUAUGGGAAAACCCAAGGUGACUCAGAAAACCCAAUAGCUGAUGAUGGGAAUUCUCCAGAGAUCUCCAUCCAAAAGCCAUUCUCCUUCUACGGCAAGAAAUACAACUCCCUUUUCGUCAACAACAAUGGGGUUAUCUCUUUUGGAAAGUACAUCUCAGAGUACACUCCUAAUGCUUUCCCUCUGCAAGAUGGAAUACCCUUUGUUGCUCCAUUUUGGUCUGAUGUUGACAAUAGAGUCAGUGGGAGCAUCUUCUCGAGACAGUCUGAAGACCCAGUGCUGCUUAGUCGGUUUGCUGUGGACCUCAGUCGGUAUCACCCUGAAAUUUCUUUCACACCCACGUGGAUGUUUGUUGCCACCUGGUACAAAGUAGGCUACUUUGGAUCUGCUUCAAAAAAGGUCAACACUUUCCAAGCUAUCUUGGCCACGGAUGGAGAAAUAUCCUUCAUCAUGCUGAACUAUGCUGAUAUACAGUGGACCACUGGAACGGGAAACGGUGGAGGUAUCCACACAGGAUUUGGAGGACUCCCCGCUCAGGCUGGCUUUGACAGUGGGGACCAAACAAAUUACUACAACAUCCCUGGUUCCCGAACUCCUGGAAUUCUCAAUAUUAAAGAGACAACCAAUGUCGGUGAACAAGGUCGCUGGGUGUUUCAAGUGGAUACGACAGUUAUCGGAGUUCCCACGGCAAAAAGUGAUUGCUUGUUUAAAUAAGUAAGUGCCAGACUUUCUCUUUUAUUUGCUAGUAGGAUAGAUAUGUGAAUAAUUGGAGUGAUGCAGUGGCCUAAAGGUGGUGCUGUCGCCUUACAAUCAGGAGGCUGCGAGUUCUAUCCUAGGUAGAGGCAGUUAUUUCUCUCUCUCUGGGCACACUGAGAAUAGAUCUGCUGAACAAAUCUCCGCUAUGGCAACAGGAAGGGAAUCUGGCCAUUAAAACACUGCUAGUUUCAUUAAGUUGCCCAGACUCCACCUCGCAAAGGGAUUAUGGGGUCAU